GCAGAGGAUGACAAAAAACAGAGCAUAACUCUAUCUAUCUUCUGGCCUCUGCAUUACAUAAUAAUAAACGCGGUACCUCGUUGCUGUGCCACACCCUUCCUUACGUGUCAUCUCUCUUGAAUUACUCAACACAUCUCUCAUCACUCUCUCUUUAUAUAUGGGAGUAUGUAUUAUUAUUAUCACAACACAACAACACAUCAUCUUCAAUUCAUCUCUCACUGAAAUGGCCAAAUCAAGAUUCCCUUCUCCAACGCUGCUGCUCCUCCUCCUCGUCUUCGUUCUCGUUGCCGCUGCUGCGGGCAGAAAAGUGGGGGGGCGGAUGCAGGUGAGGAACGUGAAGGAGAACAAGCAAGUGCAAGAGCUGGGGAGAUACUGCGUGACAGAGUACAACAACCGUCACAUUCACAAGGCCAACGGCAGCAUCGGCGAGAAGCUUCUGGUGUUCUCGCAAGUGGUGGAGGCGGAGACGCAGGUCGUCUCCGGCAUCAAGUACUACCUCAAGAUCUCCGCUGCCACGCUCGGAGGCGGCGGCCCGCACGAGAUUUUUGAAGCGGUCGUGGUGGUCAAGCCGUGGCUGCAUAAGAAGGAUUUGGUCGACUUUGCGCCUUCUACUAAUACCGCCAACUUGGAUGGAUAACACCAAUCACUAAUUAUCUAUUUUCUACUUCUUCUGAUUUUGUUUUUUUCUUUGUUUAAACUUUGUGAAUCAAGUACGGGUAAUAAUGGGUGAGUUUCUACUACACAAUCUCCAACUUACAUGUUUUUGUACUACUAUUACUAUUAUUGCUAAAUUAUUACAUAAUCUACUAAUUAAUCAUUGGUCAA